ACUCAGACACUUUAUUAUGUGGAUUUGGCAAGAGAUACCAUAGGGUACAUGUCUUUGGAUGGCUACAAAACAGUGCAGACAGCACAAAAUCAUGAUGUUCAAGGCACAGAAGGCAUCGCCGUCGACUGGAUACACAGUAGCUUUCGAGAAUCGUUUAGGAAUCUAUACACUUUACGUCAGCAUCAGUUGCAUGUGCAGCGCCUAAAUGGUCAGUACCGAACAUCGCUGUACAAGGGACUAUUUCGACUGCCAAGAGCCCUAGUCGCUUAUCCUCAGACGCGGUUUGUUUUUAAAGAUUAA